AUGUGGCUUGCGUUUGUCUGUCUGCGCCGCCGGCAAUUCGCCAGCUUCGUCACACCACCUUUCGAUGGAGUGUCUGUGAACCUGCUCCGGGAAGUUUGUACUUGGCUGUGUCUCAAACCCCGCAAUCCCCCCGUCUUGGCGGCAAGGCUCGAGCACGCACAUCGAGAAGUAAAAUGGAGUCAUCAGCUGCGAGCUCUUGGGAGCGUUCCCUCGGCAUCUGUUCGCCAACAAACACGAGAUGGACUUGCCGCGACCAAAGCGCCGGGUCCUGUGCGGCGAAGGGCGCCAUUCCAGACAUGCUCCGCGCGUUGGAGCAGCCAACCGUUCCUCCCUAUUGAUGGUGCGUCAAAGGUGAGUCUGGAGUUCGGCAACACCGCUAAUGCGGAGGUGCUUCUUCUGGAAGGAUGCCAAAACACUGGUGAUGAUGUUCAUUCUGGUCCCUUCAGCACACGCGCGCACGGCUGGGUAGCAAACAACGCCACUGCAGCAACGGUGCUGCGGACCGGCAACGGGCGUGGCGUGUGCUUCGUAUGUAACACGGCGGCAGUCGUCUGGCCUGACGACAUGGGGCGCAGGCAACGAACUGCCUUGUCGUCACACCUCCUGCCGCGGAAAUUUAGUGGUUGA